ACAAUUAAAACAAAACAUUAAACAAACUUACACCUUAAACACAAAUAGUACCACCAACACAAAAUGAGCAAAAUAGAGUCCAACAUGAAAAAACUUCGUCCUACGAUAACCAAACAAAGAAGUAACUUCGAGGGAUUCACGUUUAGAAAAUAUCGAAAGGCUAAAUUCCUUCCCAUUGAUAAAGUACCAAUAGCUUCCCGGGAUUAUGGGCUGAUGAAGACUAACAACAAGUCCUCAACUCCUUAUCCACGAGUCGAUCAUGGUGUGGAUGCAUCGGUUCUGAGGGCUCGGCUCUCCAUGCGUCGGCAAUUGGAUACCAAGCGACACGUUGAAAAAGAAGACACUCCCGAUCAGGAUCAUGAGGCCAGCAUAGAGGGAUCCACAAGCAAAAUACAUCGCGGCGAAGACCCACAUCUGCGUAGAACAAAGUCCGUAAUCGUGACCCGCCCUCCGGAUCAUAUCCAGCAUGAGUUGUCGCUCGGAACACCGCAUCCCAAAAAAGGUAUAGCCCUGAAUGCCAAGACCCUGACCAGGCGCCUAGAAUCCAUCAACAAAGUCGAGAACACACAAAGUCCAACAACUAAGUGUCCAGGAACUCCACGAUCUUCGGUUAGGAAAAAGGGGGUCAGGGUUGUAGAACCGGAACACUACAUGUUAGAACCGAAAACGCCUCUAACUGGAUCGAUAAUUAGCCACAAAAGUAGCCGCUCCUUCCCGGUGGAAUAUAGCCUAUCGGAGAGCCUGCUCGUGAGCUUGGACUCUUCGGAGGGUAUAAGUUUCGCAGAGAAGCGAAAGCGGUUCCACCUAGGAGAGUUCACCAUCACCAAAGGUCGCAAGAUAAGCGACGUAAUGAUGGCCGCCUGCUCGGAUCAUGACCAUAUCAACAUCACCGACAAGAGCUUCGACUACGCCAACAAAGCUAAGCAGGAGAUCGAGAACUACAUCCAGAAGCAAGGGCUGAUCAAGACCACCAACGAUCAGCUGACCAUGACCAGGACCAUGGACAGGACUUCACGGUACAGCACCGGCAGUAUCAAAGUGAGUGGAUCUAUACGAGACCAUUCAUCAGAUGAAAGCCACAAAAGUAUCCGUCAUGGACGAAGGCAUAGGAGUGUAGAGAUCACACACUAGCGCGACUGGCGGAAAAAUACUUAUGUCGGUAUAUAUAUACAAAUAUAUAUCUUUUUCCGGCAUUCUAGCUAGUCCUGGGUCUCACACACAUUCUACAAAAUAU